GGCCCUGCCCGCCGGCGGCGGAGUCCCUUGCGGCGGCGGGGCGAGUCGUGCUGCCCGUGCCGAUGGUGCUCAUGACCGAGCCGCGGUGCGAUGCGGAGGAGCCGAGGGCAGCGCGGGCCGCCGGCCGGCGGGAGAGCAGGGGCGCUCCGCGGCUUUCAGAUGGAGAAAAUGGAACUGAUGAAAAAAGAAAGGCUGGAAAAUCACCCACUGUGUUGCUUCAGACCCCUACCAGUGAAAUGGAGUAUUUUGAUGACCGGAAAAAGGUUGAUCUUGAUAGGACCAAGAGCAGCACAGAUAGUCCAGUCCUGACAAUCAAGAGUGACUCCAAGAUUGAAAGGAAAAAACGUGCCUCAAAUCAGCUGAAGGCAAACGCACACUUUCAUAAGCUGUUUCUAGAUGUUCCCAUUGAUGAGCCACUGAAACAAAGCUUUACCUGUGCUCUGCAGAAAGAAAUUCUGUACCAAGGAAAAUUAUUCCUUUCUGAAAACUGGAUUUGCUUCCAUUCCAAGGUUUUUGGUAAAGACACUAAGAUUAGUAUACCUGUGCUGUCAGUGACACUUCUGAAGAAAACCAAAACUGCCCUUCUGGUGCCAAAUGCUCUGAUCAUAGCGACAGUGACAGAUAGGUACAUGUUUGUCUCACUACUCUCCAGAGAUACCACCUACAAGCUAUUAAAAUCUAUCUGUACACAUCUUGACGAUACAAGCGUGGGCAACAGUCCAAAUCCCUCUUCUGCAGAAAACAGCUUCAGGGCUGAUCGCCCUAGAACCCUGCCCCUGGAUUUCAAUGAAGAUUAUUCUGAUCUGGAUGGAAUAGUGCAGCAGCGAAGACAAGAGAUGGAAGAGUCCAGCAGCACAGGCUCACAGACACCAGAGCUGGAGUGCUUCCAAGAUUAUCACGUUGUUGAAACAGAGACUCAUUUGAAAGUUUCCAAGCCCGAGGCCAAGUCUGUUCGUUCAGAUGCACAUAGUAAACGUGGGCCUGAUGGAAAAGCCCGAAACAGUCCUCGAAAUGGACAUUCUGAAGCCUUCAGGUUCCUGCACAAAGUGAAGUCCCAGAAGCUCUUAUCUCUGAACCAUGUACUCGUAUUUUAUGCAAUUCUUGUUUGUGUUUUAAUACUUUCUACCUUCUACAUGAGAUAUAAAAUCAGUGUCCUGGAGGAACGCCUUAUGUCCAUGACAGCCUUUGAUUCACAUAUUAAGGAGCAUCAAGUGCACCAAGAUUUGGGAUCUCACCUGCAAAUUAAUGCUGAUGCCCUUUGUGAUGAGUUAACUGCUAAUCUUAGAAAAUUGGAAAAGAGACUCCACUGCUCUCUUGGCUGUGCCCUGUGCUGGGUCUGCUGGAUGCUGUUGGAAUGGCUGUGUCCAGCACAGGGCAGCCCCUGGCCCUGGCACACUGCUGCUGCCCCUGCAGACCUUGCCCCACCUGCCCCCAAACCUUGACAAAAGCACCCAGUACAGAUACAGAACAACUUACAAAAACUACUUGAAGAUGGUGAAUGAAACAUCAAUGUUCUUAGACUGCUUCAGACCUCAUUCUUCUAUCUUGACAAACUGUUCCAAAGGAGCUCUGCUGGCCAGAGUUCAAGCUUCUUUAUUUUCAGUCCAAGCCAAGCUUAAACUACUGUAAAGCUCAUGUCAUAAUGCAAAAAAGUCAGUUGAUUCUUCAGCGUGUAUCUAUAUAUUUUGCAAACAUAUAUCGUUUGGUCUACGUGUAUCUAUGUUUUAAAAAUGUGGGGAUUUUUCUUUCUCUUUCGUGUGUGAAUUAAUGGAUUUUAUAGCUUGCUUGAUUUUAGAGUUGCUUUCACCAGUGCAAACCUGGUGCAUAUCCUUUUACCUCAACAUGUAUUUUAUGCCUAUUGUCAUACAAAUAUAUACGCGGAGAACGUCAGUCAUGAUUCAUGUACUGAAGUGUUGUGUGAAUGAGCAGGUAUCUGUUUUAGCUGUGAUUAUGGAUUGGUGCUGUACUCUUCAUUUGUACUUAAUUCUCUGCACCCUUACAUCCCAAAGAUCAGAAAACAGAUGCCUCUCUGUUUGGGUAUGCUAAAUCAUGAAUGUCUGAGGUCUGCUCAGUUCUCCAGCGCUGUAAAAAGGCUUAAUUCCACUUUUUGUGACACUGUAUCAUUGCUGAGGGUAAGGUCUGUUUCUACUGGGCAUUCAAGGUCUAUUGAAGUCAAACCUGAAAUCUGUAUGGACUUGCCAAUUUGCAAUCAAGUUGCUUAUGAAUUGCAAUAUGGGUGUGACGCACCCGCAGAACUUAGAAAAACUGCUAGUUUUCUGUCCAAUCAUAGGGUCUCUGUCCUUCACGUUAAUCAGCGUGAAGAUCCUCAGUCAGCUUUCCUUGGAGUUGCAUGGGGUUUUGGUUGGCUGAGCAACUGCAAUUUGUAGUCCAGAAAAUGGAAAUCUCAUCUUCGUAUGUGACUCCAGAGACUGGGAAUUUCCACAUAAUGAGAACUGGCAAAUUAAUGGUGCAGCAAUACAAACAAUCAGUAGAGUGAAUGAAAAAGUGGACACCUGCUUCAUUAUAUCACAUACUGUUUUUUUUUCCCAGAGUGCCUAAGAUGGGGAUUUUUAGCUUUCUGAUUCACCAAGCAGGCUCAUUAGUUUUUAAAAAGCAAUAUUUAGGACAAUAACUACUGUCUGUGAAGUAACAGUAUUGUUUAUAAUAUGCUAUGCAUUUUAUAACCAUUUCUGUGAAAUGUACCUACUUUGUUUAAAUAAACUUUUUUAAAACCA